CAUAUUACCUUUUAUUUGUAUAGAUAAUAUUUAUUUUUUUAUGAAGUGGUUUUUAGAUCUUAUGAUGAGUAUAUGAGUGAUUCCAUAAUUACAAGAACAUAACGUUGUUAUAUCUUUUCGGGUUUUGUACAAAAAAUAAUAUUAGCACUACUGGCCUUCAGCAGAAAGAGAGAAGGAUUUUCAGUCUUUAGUCAAGGACAAACUACAUGAUGUACAAAUAAUGGAAAUGCCCUGGGCAAUGAAACGACACAGGGAGCAGUGGAGUUUGUGUUCCGGAAGUUAGGUAACACUUUAAGACAGGUCCAAACCUGGUUAUGAAAGUUCUGUCUCUGAAUAUUUCAAAGUGUAUUUGCUGCACUGGCAAGGAGAGCAGACGGGAAACAGCAUGGGAAGAAAGACUAUAUUGCUCCUGUUGGUGGGCAUUUUCACGGCAUAUUAUGGUUAUACACCUCUCCCAGAUAAUAUUGAGGAGCCAUGGAAACUGAUUGGGAUGACCUUCAUAUCUAGCACCAUAUCAAAUGUGGCCCUGGUUGGUGAAGUCCUGGGAAUCAACCAUUUCAUGAACACUUUAAUGUUUUUUAAGAGCUUUCAAGAUGUCCCACCCACAUCUGAUGAAAUUGUCACUGUGAUGGACACAACUUUCAGCAAUGUUCCUGUCCGUGUAUAUGUACCAAAGCGAAAGUCAGAGGCCCUAAGAAGGGGCUUAUUUUACAUUCAUGGUGGCGGUUGGUGUUUGGGGAGUGCUGCUCAGUAUUCUUAUGAUGUGCUGUCAAGACGAACAGCUGAUAGACUUGAUGCUGUUGUCAUUUCAACCAACUAUAGACUAGCACCUAAAUACCACUUUCCAAAUCAAUUUGAAGAUGUGUAUAAUGCAUUAAAGUGGUUCUUACGCAAAGAUAUUCUUAAAGGCUAUGGUGUAGAUCCCAAAAGAAUUGGUAUUUCUGGAGACAGUGCUGGAGGAAAUUUAGCUGCAGCAGUGACUCAACAGCUCAUAGAUGAUCCAGAUGUCAAGAUCAAACUCAAGAUCCAGUCUUUAAUUUAUCCUGCCCUUCAGACUCUUGAUAUGGAUUUACCAUCUUUACGGGAAAACUCACAGAUUCCACCUCUGCCCAAAUCACUCAUGGUCAGGUUUUGGAGUGAAUACUUUACCACAGACAGAUCACUUGAAAAAGCCAUGUUCGUCAAUCAACAUGUACCAGUGGAAUCAAGCCACCUCUUCAAGUUUGUUAACUGGAGUUCUUUGCUCCCAGAGAAUUUUAAGAAAGGGCACAUUUAUAGCAGUCCAACUCAUGGUCCUUCUGAGCUAGCUAGAAAGUAUUCAGGGUUUCUAGAUGUAAGGGCAGCCCCCUUAUUGGCUGAUGACAACAAGUUGCGUAACUUACCCUUGACCUAUGUAAUCACCUGUCAAUAUGAUGUUUUAAGAGAUGAUGGAAUCAUGUACGUCACCCGACUUCGGAAUGCUGGAGUGAGGGUGACCCAUAACCACAUUGAGGGUGGAUUCCAUGGAGUAAUGACUUUUCCUGGAUUUAAAAUUGGACAUAGAGUAGAAAAUCAGUAUCUGAGUUGGCUAAGUGAAAAUCUAUAGUAAAAAUCUUAGCAGUGGUUUAUAAGAAUAUAUGAGCCUCAAAUAUAAAACAAAUUAGUGAGAUUCAAAAGGUUAUGUUUAAAUUUCUCUUUAUCACUCGUGACCUUUCUAAGGUCCUCUGAACCACUGUGAUCUUUUCUUGUUGUUGUUUUGGGGGUUUUUGUUUAUUUGUUUGUUUGUUUUGUUUGCUUUUUUACUGAGUGGAUUCUUCUCUAUUUGUUAUUCUAAGUGUUGUUUACUCACAUCUGUAUCUUAGAAAAUGUCUACAUUCUUAAAUAUUUUUUCUUGCUACUAAAGUGCCUAAGAGACCACUGAUAUUAAUUUUGGUAUCCUAGAACAGAAAUAGGCUUGCUCGCAUAGAAGUGGAUUUUAUAGUAAUAGGUGGCAUCAUAUUGAAGCAAAUACUUUGAAAAACAGUUGGCACAGAAAUCAUAUUAGUGACCUACAAGGUGGUUUCAAGGCACUAAAUUCAUUUCAGUAAAAGCUCUGGUAUUUUACAAGCCAGAUGUGUUUGUUUAAACCUUUUUCUCAACAAUAAUACUAUUAGACAAUAAAAAAAACUAAGGCUGUAAAUUUCAGCUAUAAGAAAUGAGUAAUGUAGUCUGUUUUAAAGAAAAUGCCAAGUUUAUUAUAAAAUAUGUAUGGAAAUAAAAUGGAUAUCAAAAAACAUGAUUUUUGUUUUGAGGAAACAAAUUUGGUGGAUUUAUAGAUUGCAAAACAAUAUAAAGCUACCAUAGUCAUGAUGGUAUGGUAUUUCAAUACAGAUAAGCAACUAGAUAAUACAACAGAAUCCAGAAACCAUUUCAUAUAUUUAGAGUCAAUUGUUGAGAUAAAGUUGCCAAGGUAAUUCAAUUCCAAAAGUGUUAUAUAUAUUUUAAAUGGUGAUUAAACAUUUGAAUAUUCAUAUAAAAUGCCCUUAACCCUGACCUCGACUUACUUCACAUUAUAGAUAAAAAUUAACUCAAAGUGACUCAUUGAUCUAAAUAUAAAAACCCAAAUUUAAAAAUUUCUAUAAUUUUUAUUUUUUUAGAUAGGACUACAUUUUACUUGAACUAUUGCAUCAUAUUAGCGCUAUCAUUGUAUUGUAGUGUCAGCUGUGUGGACUAUUUCCAGUAUUAUACAAAAAACACAGUCUAGGCACUGUCAACAGGCUGACUCAGUACAAAUGAUUUUUUGAACACUGAUGUAGCAUUGUAAUGUGUGUAUUUUAAUAUUUUAUGAAGAAAGCAGGAGCUUUGUGAUAUUUUUGUAAAUAUUAAUUGGAAAUUACAUUGAAAUAGUUAAUUAUUUUAUUUAUAAUUCAGUCCUUUUUCUAGUUUGAAAAAAUAAGUUGGAAAUAUUUUAAUGCCUAAAAUGAAUAUAUAAGACUAAUGCAGCCCUAAUUGGUUUGGCUCAGUGGAUAGAGCAUUGGCCUGCGGACUGAAGGGUCCCAGGUUUGAUUCCGGUCAAGGGUAUGUAGCUUGGUUGUGGGCACAUCCCCAGUAGGGAGUGUGCAGGAGGCAGCUGAUCAAUGUUUCUAACUCUCUAUCCCUUUCCCUUCCUCUCUGUAAAAAAUCAAUAGACUAAUGCAGUCAAACAGAGAUGCAUAAGCUAGUGCAGCUCCUGAAAGAGCUACAAAAAGACAAGAUUGGAAGAAAGUAUAUUGAAAACUUUAUAACAAGUGGCAGCUGAAAUUUUCUGUAGCAGAGAAAAACAAGAGGCUACUUGUCUGUUGUAUAAAACAAAUUGUGAAAAUAAUAAAGUGGAUAAUAUGAAUAGACAUAGUAGCUAAUGCAUAAUUUUAAUAAGUUCCUUUUCAAAAGUUAAAAAAAUUAACACAUUUACCUGAAAACAGAAUUAAAUUUUCAAGAAAAUGUUUGUAAGUUAUUUUUAAUGUGAUCUGAGUUUAUAACUUUGGCCAACUAUAGUUUGGAUUCUUAUACAAAAAAAAAAUUAUUUUUAGAUGGAGAAGUGGUAAUAGAUAUAAUUACAGUGUUUGUUAGAAAAUUAUGAAAUAAAGGCUAAAAUAAUUGUUUAGAAAAGUGAAAUAUUUUAAAUUAAGACACCACACAAUUAUAUGUAGAAUGCAAAAUAUUUAUAAAAAUACCAAAGAUCAGUUAAUUAAAAAUUUGGAAAAGUACAAGCCCUUUAGUUUUAGAUGAGUGUGUGAUAUGAGACACUGCCCAAUUAAUACUCUGGGUAUGUUUUGUCUCAAAAAUACUCCAAAUUCACACACACACACACACACACACACACACACACAUAUAUGUCUACUUGUGACCAAAACUAUUGAACUCAUGACAUAGAUAUGUUUGAAUAUUUUGAAUCCAUCAAAAAAUAAUUUUAACUAGUCAUGUAAAAAAUUAUCAUCACAGAAAGUGCUCUAGCUAGGUGUGUUAGGCAAGAUUCAACACUUAAUGGAAUUUUAAAACAAGAGACAAUGUUUCCCUACUGCUUCAUUCCCCUGUGUGGUAUCUACUGAAAGGGUUUGGCUCAGCUUUCUGAAAAUAACUCUGAAAAGUACCAUGGAUACUCCUUUUAAAAUUUUUAGUAUAUAUGUGGAAAUGUUAUGAAUUACUGCUAAUUUAUGAAUCUAUUGAAAAUAAUAGAAUAUAAUGAUUUUAAUCCUCUUGUGGUCUUUAAAAAAUGCUUGUUGUUGAGUCCUUAGAGAGUUUUACAAAGAUUUAUUAUACCAUUCACUUCAAGGUUUUCUUGAAACAAAAGGAAUGUUUGCCAAAUGUACAAUUGUAUUGUAUAAAAAAUGGCAGUGUGACUUGUUUCUCAUAUGAAUAAGCAAACUCUGAAGCUCCAACUAAAGAAAAGCUUACCUGUGACCUAGCUAGACAGGUGCCAAAUUUUGUAUCGAAAUAUACACUUUUUAUUAUCAGAAUCAGUGAUAAUGGUUUGUGCACAUUUCUAACAGGAAUCAAUAUACAGAGGUGUUAAUAUACAAUUGAAAUAAUUAUGUAAAUUGGCUGCAAAAAGGACAAGAAAUAUUGGAGAACAUGUCAUAGCUAUUGAUAAAUUUGGAGCUGCUUUUCAAUUUAGUCAUUACUCCUUUAAUUUUAGUGUUAAUUAUAUUGAGUUGACACAAGAGUUUUUAAAUUUACUUACAUUGGAUAAAUAUAGUUUUGAAACUGAUACGUUUUUGCUUAAAAGUCAAAUGAAUUAUUUUUUUUUAAUGAUGAAGCAAUUUGUCAAUAUGAAUGAAUGUGAAAAUAAAGGAAAAUUAUUUUUGUAUUUAAUUUAUUAUUGGAAAACUGCUAAGUGUGCUUAUGAAAACUUGAGUAUGUGAUCCUAUAGUUUCAAUAAUAAUUUCAUAAAGGAUUAGUACAAAAAUAUCUUAUUUUUAUAUUGAUUAUUAAAUAUUAGUAAAGUUAAUUUAAACUAUUUUUACCUUUCAUUGAUGUUUAUGCUAAAAAAUUUAAAAUUACAUAUGUGGCUUGCAUUUGUAGCUCACAUAUUUCUAAUGAAAAGCAGUGAUAUAUGUUAUUCUUAACUUGUUUUUGUUAUGUAUGAAAUUUCUAGAAAGUUCACUUUAACACAUUUUUAAACUAGUUAUAAAUACUAUGUGAUCAUUUUUUGGAAGCUUUGUGGGAGCUUUAAAUAAAUUAGUUAUCAUUGGAUAAGAAA